GAAUCACAUCUUCAACCAAGAUUGUUUCUGGUGUAACAGUUGUCCAUCAGGGUUGGAAACCUUCUUCAUCCUGCUGGUCUUGGUGACCUCAUUUUUCAAGUCCCUGCUUAAAUUUCACUUUCUCUGUGAUUCCUUCCCAUACUAAUGCAGAAAUGAGCACAGAAGCAGAGCAACAGCUUCUCCAUCAUGCCAGAAACGGCAACGCUGAAGAAGUAAGACAGUUAUUGGAAACCAUGGAAAGGAAUGAAGUAACUGCUGACAUUAACUGCAAAGGAAGAAGUAAGUCUAAUUUGGGCUGGACACCUCUUCAUCUGGCCUGCUAUUUUGGACAUAGACAAGUGGUCCAGGAUCUGUUAAAGGCUGGUGCAGAAGUAAAUGUAUUAAAUGACAUGGGAGACACGCCACUUCAUCGGGCUGCCUUUACAGGACGAAAGGAGUUGGUAAUGCUUCUUUUAGAAUAUAAUGCUCAUACUACUGUUGUUAAUGGGAAUGGACAGACAGCAAAGGAAGUCACUCAUGACAAAGAAAUCAGAAACAUGCUUGAAGCUGUAGAAAGGACUCAACAAAGAAAGCUUGAAGAAUUACUUUUAGCAGCAGCAAGAGAAGGCAGAACAGCGGAACUCACAGCUCUGCUCAACAGGCCGAAUCCUCCUGCUGUUAACUGUUCGGAUCAGUUAGGAAAUACACCCUUGCAUUGUGCCGCCUAUCGGGCUCAUAAACAAUGUGCCUUAAAGCUUCUGAAAAGUGGAGCAGACCCUAAUCUGAAGAACAAAAAUGAUCAGAAACCUCUUGAUCUUGCCCAGGGUGCUGAAAUGAAACACGUUCUUCUUGGUAAUAAGGUCAUCUACAAAGCAUUGAAACGAUACGAAGGCCCUCUCUGGAAGAGUUCAAGAUUUUUUGGCUGGAGAUUAUUCUGGGUAGUGUUAGAACAUGGAGUCCUCUCAUGGUAUAGGAAACAGCCUGAUGCAGUCCAUAAUAUUUAUCGCCAGGGAUGCAAACACCUAACUCAAGCAGUAUGCACGGUAAAACCCACUGAUAGCUGCCUCUUCUUUAUUAAAUGCUUCGAUGACACUGUUCAUGGCUUCAGGGUUCCUAAGAAUAGCUUUCAGCAGACAAGAGAGGACUGGCUGGAAGCAAUAGAAGAGCAUUCUGCUUACAGCACUCACUACUGUUCCCAGGACCAGUUGACUGAUGAUGAAGAGGAAGAUGCAGUUUCUGCUGUAGACUUGAAGGAAUCCUUAGAGAAAGCACAGAUAUGCCAGCAGAGACUAGACAGGGAAAUUUCCAACUUUCUCAGAAUGAUUAAGGAGUGUGACGUGGCUAAAGAAAUGCUUCCAUCAUUCCUUCAGAAAGUUGAAGUUGUCUCUGAAGCUUCUAGAGAAACUUGUGUAGCUUUGAGUGAUUGCCUUAAUCUCUUCACCAAACAAGAAGGGCCUCCCAGUUUGGAAAUCACUGGAUUACAACAUUCUCUUGUGAAUUGGUUGGACAUGGCUGUGCCGCAGAGUGCAUUCAGAUGUGAUGAUGAUAAUUUGGGGAUUUUUCUGCAAGUAGUGAGGAAUUUUAAAUUGGAACAGGAACAAGAAAAAAACAAAAUUUUGUCAGAAGCGCUGGCGACUCUAGCCACUGAACAUCAUGAAUUAGAGCAGUCUCUGGUUAAAGGCUCCCCACCUCUCAGCAUCCUUAGUGAGGACGAGUUCUAUGAUGCACUGUCAGAUUCCGAGUCCGAACGGUCCCUGAGUAGAUUGGAAGCAGUGACGGCGCACUGCUUUGAAGAGGAAGGAGAGCACCUGAGGAGUAGAAAGCACAGAAUGUCCGAAGGAAAAGACUGUGGUGGUGGAGAUGCUCUCUCCAAUGGCAUCAAAAAACACAGAACAAGCUUGCCCUCACCUAUGUUUUCCAGAAAUGACUUCAGCAUCUGGAGCAUCCUCAGAAAAUGUAUUGGAAUGGAACUCUCCAAGAUCACCAUGCCAGUCAUAUUUAACGAGCCUUUGAGCUUCCUGCAGCGACUCACUGAAUAUAUGGAGCAUACGUACCUCAUCCACAAGGCCAGUUCAUUUGCUGAUCCUGUGGAAAGGAUGCAGUGUGUAGCUGCAUUUGCUGUAUCUGCUGUUGCUUCUCAGUGGGAACGCACUGGAAAGCCUUUCAACCCACUUCUGGGAGAGACUUAUGAAUUAGUUCGAGAUGACCUUGGUUUCAGACUCAUCUCUGAGCAGGUCAGCCAUCACCCACCCAUUAGUGCAUUUCAUGCUGAAGGAUUAAACAAUGAUUUCAUCUUUCAUGGCUCAAUCUAUCCCAAACUGAAGUUCUGGGGGAAGAGCGUAGAAGCAGAACCCAAAGGAACCAUCACGUUGGAGCUCCUUGAACACAAUGAAGCAUAUACGUGGACAAAUCCUACCUGCUGUGUACAUAACAUCAUUGUGGGGAAGCUCUGGAUUGAGCAGUACGGCAACGUGGAGAUCACAAACCACAAGACUGCGGACAAAUGUGUGUUGAAUUUUAAGCCAUGCGGCCUUUUUGGUAAGGAGUUACACAAAGUUGAAGGCUACAUUCAAGAUAAAAGCAAAAAGAAGCUCUGUGCCCUCUAUGGGAAGUGGACAGAAUGUUUGUACAGUGUUGACCCUGCCACAUUUGAUGCUUACAAAAAAAAUGAUAAGAAAAACACUGAAGAGAAGAAGAACAGCAAACAGAUGAGCGCUUCUGAGGAGUCAGACGAAAUGCCAAUGCCAGAUUCCGAGAGUGUGUUUGUCAUUCCUGGGAGCGUUCUCCUGUGGCGAAUAGCCCCGCGGCCUCCCAAUUCGACCCAGAUGUAUAAUUUUACUAGCUUUGCAAUGGUUUUGAAUGAAGUAGACAAGGAAAUGGAGGGUGUGAUUCCUAAGACAGACUGCAGGCUACGUCCUGACAUCAGAGCCAUGGAAAAUGGGGAAAUAGAUCAAGCUAGUGAAGAAAAAAAGCGACUUGAGGAGAAACAAAGAGCGGCCCGCAAGAACAGGUCCAAGUUGGAGGAGGACUGGAAGACGAGGUGGUUCCAUCAAGGCCCUAAUCCCUACAGCGGAGCCCAGGACUGGCUUUACUCGGGCAGCUACUGGGACAGAAACUACUUCAAUUUGCCUGACAUUUAUUAAAACAUAGACAAGUUGGGGCAUUUGGCUAAUCUACAGAUAAGACUUAAACCUGUGUUUUAAAAUUUUCUUCUUUGAUUUCUACUCAUCUUUUGAAAAGAGAAAAAAAUCCUCUCAUGAUAACUUGCAUUUCACCCAACAAAAGUAGGGCAUAAGGUGGAUACUGGUGAUGAAAGUCUUUGGAAGAAUGGGUAAUUUUGCUAUCCCGACAUGCUUAUUUGGAAUACUGUUUUAUCUAGAGGUAUGGGAAACUGUUGGAGAAUAUGCUUUUUGAUGGUUGCUGUUGCCGUAUUCACUGAAGGUUUAUACCUAAAUGUAACUUUAGCUUUAUGGAAUUAUAUAGUAACCCAAAUCAAGUUAUUUUGAAUAUUUUUAGGCUGUCAUGCUUGAAUGUUUUAGAUUUAACUUCGAAAUGUUUGGAAUUCUCCUAUAUGAUGUUUAUAUGCUCAGAUAUAGAGGUUAUGCCAUCUUGUAAAGACUGCAUUGAGAAGACGGCUUUUCUUCUUACUAAUCCUCUCAAUUGUACCCCUUCCCGCCUCUAAAAAGAAAAACAAUGCCUGAGUGUUCAGAGGAGAGAUUCCUGAUUUGAAAAUUCUAAACUGGAAAAGGUAUUUCGUUUGCUUAUUUUAGUGCUCUGAUUUUACUUUUACAAUGUUCUAAUGUCGUUAGAAUUAAAAUGUUUGAGUUGUACAUGUUUGAAUUGAAAAUAGGUAUAAAACCUAGCAAUUCACAAAAAUACCCCAGAAAUAUAGAUUUUAGUCACCAUCAUUACAUAAUGAGAAACCUUUUUAAAUGCUUCAACUCCCAGUGGCGAAUGCCACCAGAGAAAUUCAGUUGUACUCAUGUAUUAUAAGUAUCAGACUAUAUAAAAGGAGGUCUUGUGCAUUUCAAGUUUGCAAGGCACCUGUGUACUUAAGAUACGUAUGGAGACCUACUUGUACAGUAGCUUUGCCCCUUUAAUUGGGGUACAUUAAUCUUACGGUAUUUAUCUACCCAACCCCAGACUGAGAUAUUGCUCCAGGGGGCCUUAGGUAGCUGCCAGUAAGUUAUUUUAAUGGCUGUCUUGAAGUUAACAAGUGUUAUAAUGAAAUAAUCUACCUGAUGCUAAAUAAAGGCUUUAGAAUGUUCAAAA